AUGCUGGGCUGCUGCCCCCAAGGAUCUCACUCUGUGCUCCUGUUUCUGCUGCUGCUGCUUCCGUCACUGCUCAGCACAGGGAACUUCCUGUCCCAGUAUCCUAACUGGGAAAGCUAUCCUGGCCUGGCCUUCGGCUCCAGAAAUUCCCACCACCAUGAAGCCCAGAAUCCAAGGCAUAUGUGGCACCGAAGGAGUUCAAAGCAGAAACCAUGCCAGGCCACCCCUGACAUCUACUUCGUCCUGGAUAAGUCGGACCGCAUGUCAGACUCCUGGCCGUACGUUUACAAGUUCGUGGCAGAUAUGAUACAGAGGUUAUCGAAUCAGGAUCUGCGAGUAUCCAUCAUCACCUUCUCCUGUAAGGGCAACAUCAUCCUGCCCAUCACUGGAGACAGAGAAGAAAUCCUUAAGGGCAUUGAAAGACUGAAGUAUAGCAUACCUGCGGGACAUGAACUCAUUUACCUAGGACUGUGGAAGGCAAACAAGCAGAUAAGAAAGAUCAACUCAGGAGAUGUCCAGCGUCCCAGCAUGAUCAUCUCCUUACUCAACAGCCCCCUUAGCGAUGAAAUCUAUAAGUAUUCGAUGGAAGAGGCUGAUGAUGCUCGGAAAAUGGGAGUGUCUGUUUACUGUGUGGGUGUGGGCCACUCUGACAAAGACCAGAUACUGGCACUUGCAGAGAAACCAGAAAAUGCAUAUAUAGAAAAGAAAGCUGAACACCUGAAUGACCUCAUUUUCCCAAUAGCUUCCAAGGCCUGUCCAUCCCUUACAACUUCAGAUACACGCAUUAUAUGUAUCAGAGAAUCAAACCCAGUCAUACUUCGUGGAUAUGGCUUUGACUUUGCCGUGCGUAAAGAGGAGGUUAUUUGCAGGUUCCAUUUCCACAGCAUGGAUCAGAGUUUCAAAGGCACCAGAGUGCUGUCUGGUACUGGGGUGCUGGGCACAGUUGGGACCUACCAGGAUGUCUUUGGGUUGAAGAAGGUAGACAUGAGAUUGCAACAAUGGACAGACACAUCCAUUGACAAUUUUUGUCACUUUCUUUUAGAUGUAAAAGCCAUCAAUUUAACCAAGACUACUGUUACUUGUCCUGGACCAAUCGUGGACGAGCCAGGAAAAGUGAUCUAUAUUCUACUCAGCCUGGACAAUGGAAGAAACUUCCUGAAUAACAACAAUGCAUUCGUUGCCAGCAAGCUCUGUGGCAAAGACCCAUUUACCACCACAACGACAACCACUAGGAGGCCCACAACUAAAACAACACGUACCACUACCACCAAGACGCCACCUACCACGACAACGACAACGACGACAACGACAACCACGAAGGAACUGAAGCCCAGCGGUGAUAUAUUCAUUUUUGCCCCAAUACUCCUGGGCCUGUUGCUGACUCUGUUGCUGAUUGGUUGUUUAUGGCAGCUGUGCUGCCUUCCGCCUGUCGAGGAGCCUCCCCCACCUAAGCCCCAACCGCAGCCCAGAAAGAAGCAACAGCCCCCUCCUCCAGUGUCUCCCCCAGUGCCAGCGCCACCCGUAAAUCCGUCCCCCAUUGUGAUCAUCUACUGCUGCACCUGUCGUGGCCUGACUGUGAGCAGAGACAUGGAGGGCAAUGUGACCGUGUGCAACUUCAACCCCCUAAGCUGUCACCAGUUGCCCUUGAUGUGGCCUCAUCCUGGUGACCAGGUGAGUGGGACCCAAGGCUAUUACAAAGGGGCAGAAUGGCAACUUCUUUUGCCUGUGAUGGUGGCAUUCUGGGACUGUGGCUUAGAACCAUGUCCCAGCAUGAGCAGAGGAAGAAUUCUCAAGACAUGA